CUUUCUCCCAGACUGGCUAUCGCUCGAGUUUUCUUCAUAUGACUGUCACGUUUCGAAACAAACUGAUACCCCCUUAAAAGCUUUCAGACCCCCUCCAUCCUUUGCUAGCUAUAAUACGGCUGACCUCACGCUUAUAGAGUAAGGUUAGGUCCCCUGGAUAUGUACCCGACGAAACCAAUCCGUUCUAUUUACUGACGCUCAGUAGCCCGCGGUUUCUCACGUCGUACGAUUCUCAAUGUUGUGUUUAUGUAGUAUUAGUAAAUUAAAGCUUUAUUAAUAUAUCCUAGUGAACUAAUUAACUAAAAUUGAUAUUAUUAAUUGAAUAACUUUUCAAAAGUUUUGCAAAAAAUUUAAUUCGAGGCUGGCUGUCUCGAUGGAGAUGACUUCGCUCUUUUCUGCCAUGAAUCUCACGUUGGAGAUAUGCAGAAGCCUUUGAGAGAACUGAGCAGAUUAUGUUUGGGUACGAGCAAUCAGAGUAAUGCAAUAGUAGUUACAGCCGACAUAGCUUCUACUGAACCUCCAAGUGGCUUGCCGUUACUUCAAAUAUGGCCCAGCGAAUCUCCAAGAGGCGAGGCCGACGGCCAAGCUUUCAUUUUUCCAGAUGCACAAGACAGUAUCAACGACAGUGGUAUCGAAUCUAUUCAGGCAUCACCAUCUGCAUGUGGUGUGACAUGCAGCAGCGCAACAGCCAGUCCUUUACAAUCUCGACGCCCGAGUCUUUUACAUCCAGAUCAUGCGCGUCUAUAUUUACAUCACUUGCGGCACAAUUAUCAUGCAGCAGAAAGAACUCCGUUGUCACCAGAUCGGACGUCUAUAGACGAAGAACAACCUCCUGCACCUCCAAGUCCAUCUAGUUCAACCACUAGCAGCCUUAAGUCUAUGCCCAGUUCAACAAUGGCUUCUAUUCAUUCCUCGCAUGAUCGGAGACGUAGUAGCAGAUACAGCGUUUUUGAUGCUUUGGAUUUGGAGUAUGCACUUUUACGAGCUGCAGCAAGAGGCUCAGUUGGUCCAUAUUCAUUCUCAGAAUCCCUUCACAAAUUGACCUUCACCCAGAGUCUAGCUUUUCCAGCAUUGGCACGAGGGCUCGCAUUGAAACAAAAUGUACCAACAAGACAACCUCAGCAGCACUCGGAAAGUGGGUUGAAUGCUUUCGCAAAAGUCGUCACUGCUAUAGUGUUAAUGCUUGUAAGCGUUCUUGUAUUCGGGAUUGUGUAUAAAUUUGUUAGAACGUGAGGAUGGUUGCUGGUACCCGAUAAAAAUUUAAUCUCGGCAGCAGAGUUUUCCAGUACUAAUGAUAUUGAUACAACGGGUACCAGCGAUCAUUUUGUUAUGAAUCAUUCAGAUUGAGAGAUAAAAAAAAAUAACUAAGGUCUGACUUAUUUUUAAGCAUUUUAUGGAUGUUAUUAUUUAUUUAACUUUACAGUCCAACAUUUUUAACUUCCCGCUAUAAAAAUCAAUGAUUUCUAAAAAUUCGGGAUGUUAUUAGUUUCAUCCCGGAUUUGGAACAUCGAGUUUUCAUCAGAUCUCGACAUUUUGAGGUCCUAGGAAGCUUUCCUGACGAUUUUUACGAUGGUGUCUGUAUGUCGGUGCGUAUGUGUGUGUGGGUGUGGAUGUACGUGAGUGUGUGUGCGUGUAUAAACCUAUCAUGACUUUUGAACGGUUUGAUCUAUUUGAACGAACUUGGCGGUGUUUGAAAGGGCUUUAUCAAACUUUGAUUUUCAAUACUAUUUGAACCGAUUUAAACAAAUAAAUUUUGAGAAAUUUCAAAAAUAAAAUUUUCAAAAAAUUGUUUUUUUGGAAUAACUUUCAAAUUGAUGUAACAAUAGAUUUCAAAAUCUAAGUAGCUUGAAAACUUGAAAAACGACGUCAAUUGCCGCAAUCUCGUCAAAAUCAGUUGAUCCGUUCGAAAAUUAUUGUUGUCAAAAACUUUCAAAAAAGUUUUGUCUUUAUAUAUCUUCAAAAUUUCUUGACGAAUCGUUUUUGAUGUAAAAAAUUAACUAUUAGUGAUUAGAAAAUUGCGUCAAAUGCGGCAAAAUUCGUCUAAAUCGGUUAAUUCGUUCGUGAAAUAUUUCGUCUUAAAAGAUCUUAAAAAACGUGGUUUUCAAGAAUAAUUUGUCAAUUUCGAUAUCAGUUCGGAUUUAUUUUUGAGAAUUUCCAUAAAAUUUUCUUAACCACGCUCAAUUUCGCCAAAUACAUCAAAGUCGGUUGAUUCAUCCGAAAAUUUUUGCAGUUCAAAUUUAUUUAAGAAAGAGUACUAAGACGUCGUAAUAA